GGACCGGCCUGCUUCACCACUGACACUUUCAGCCAGAGAGAGAAAGACAACUUUACAUUUCCAGGGACUGCGGUGUUCCCGGGGGUUCACUUUGAUAGUCGUCUCAUCCAUUGUAUUUGCUUAUUUAGAUAUUCAAGCACCGGUUGUCAACGGAGAUCAAGACGUUCGGAAAUCAAGUAGGACUGGAGGGAGGAUAUUAUGUUUAAAGCUGUAGAUGCGGGAUAAAGUUGUCGGUAAGAGCGGAAAAGGAAUAGGCUACAGUAUCGACUGGAUAGCUUUGGUUAAAGGUUUGUUAAGUCCCCUUGGCGUCGGGAUGAACAUGGGUACCUUGCGCGACCUCCAAUACGCGCUGCAGGAGAAGAUUGAGGAGCUGCGGCAACGGGACGCGCUCAUUGACGAGCUAGAACUGGAGCUUGACCAGAAAGACGAGCUAAUACAAAAACUACAGAACGAGCUGGAUAAAUACCGGUCCGUUAUCAAACCGGCAACCCAACAGGUCGUCAAACAAACUGAGCUGCACGAGCACCAGCGGACUAAGAGACAGGCGAUAUCUGCGGAACCCACCGCCAUCGACAUCCAGGAUCUUAGCCAUGUCAGGCUGCCUUUCUACCCCAAAAGUCCACAGUCCAAAGACCUGAUCAAGGGGGCCAUCUUGGACAAUGACUUCAUGAAGAACCUGGAGCUGUCUCAGAUCCAGGAGAUCGUGGACUGCAUGUACCCUGUGGAGUAUGGUAAAGACAGCUGCAUCAUCAAGGAGGGCGAUGUGGGCUCACUGGUCUACGUCAUGGAAGAUGGUAGGGUGGAGGUGACAAAGGAGAGUGUGAAGCUGUGCACAAUGGGACCUGGGAAGGUAUUUGGAGAGCUGGCCAUCCUCUACAACUGUACUAGGACAGCAACCAUCAAGACUCUCACCAAUGUGAAGUUAUGGGCCAUCGACCGACAAUGCUUUCAGACUAUUAUGAUGAGGACGGGCCUAAUCAAGCACACUGAAUACAUGGAGUUUUUAAAAAGCGUUCCGACGUUUCAUGAACUUCCGGAGGAGAUUCUAAGCAAGCUAGCUGAUGUCCUUGAAGAGACACACUAUGAGAAUGGAGAGUACAUCAUCAGACAGGGAGCCACUGGAGACACCUUCUUUAUCAUCAGUAAGGGAAUGGUGAAUGUGACCAGGGAAGACAAGUCCAACGGGGAUCCUGUCUACCUCCGCAGCAUGGGGAAAGGAGACUGGUUUGGAGAGAAGGCCCUGCAGGGGGAGGACAUCAGGACAGCAAACGUCAUCGCUGCAGAGACCGUGACAUGUCUGGUCAUUGACAGAGACUCGUUCAAGCACCUGAUUGGAGGGUUGGAGGAGGUGUCCAGUAAAGGCUGUGAGGAUGCUGAGGUCAAGGCGAGGUACGAAGCAGAGAAUUCUUUCUUCUCCAACCUCAAUCUGGUUGACUUCAACAUCAUCGACACACUGGGGGUUGGUGGCUUUGGCCGUGUAGAGCUGGUAGGAACCACAAAUAAGGUUCAGCUGAAAAGUGAUGAGGUGAAGACGUUUGCCAUGAAGAUCCUGAAGAAGCGUCAUAUUGUGGACACGCGACAGCAAGAGCAUAUCCGCUCUGAGAAACUCAUCAUGCAGGAGGCCCACUCUGACUUCAUUGUCAGACUGUACAGGACGUUUAAGGACAGUAAGUACCUCUACAUGCUGAUGGAGGCUUGUCUGGGAGGAGAGCUGUGGACCAUUCUUAGAGACCGGGGUUCGUUUGAGGAUUCAACCACAAGGUUCUACACAGCGUGUGUUGUGGAAGCAUUCGCCUACCUACAUUCCAAAGGCAUCAUCUACAGAGACCUUAAACCAGAGAACCUUAUACUGGACCACAAGGGCUAUGCCAAGCUAGUCGACUUUGGCUUUGCCAAGAAGAUCGAGUUUGGGAAGAAAACAUGGACGUUCUGUGGAACACCAGAAUACGUGGCACCAGAGAUCAUUCUGAACAAAGGCCAUGACAUCUCAGCUGACUACUGGUCUCUAGGAAUCCUCAUGUUUGAGCUCCUCACCGGCAGCCCUCCCUUCUCUGGCCCUGAUCCUAUGAAGACAUAUAACAUCAUCUUGAGGGGCAUUGACAUGAUCGAAUUUCCAAAGAAGAUCACCAAAAACGCUGCCAACUUAAUAAAAAAACUAUGCAGGGACAAUCCUUCGGAAAGACUAGGAAACUUGAAAAACGGUGUCAAAGACAUCCAAAAGCACAAAUGGUUUGAGGGCUUUAACUGGGAAGGUCUAAGAAAAGGAACGCUGACACCCCCUAUCAUCCCUAAUGUGAUAUCACCAAUGGACACGAGUAACUUUGACAACUUCCCAGAGGACAAGGAAGACCCACCCCCAGAUGACAAUUCUGGCUGGGACAACGAAUUUUAAAAUGUCACCCCCACCCUCAAAACCAAAUUAUCUUAUGUCAUUGGCCUGGACGCCUACUUCAGGAUAUAGCUGAAUUCUAAAGACUGCGAUACAGAGGAAGUGGAGAGGGGAGGAGAGGAAGAGGACAAAACACCCUGGGUCAGCAAUAUGUCUUCGCUACAUGUGGCUCUGGGACUAGCAUGUAAUGACCAUAGUACUUUCUCAGGGUUCUCACACAAAUGAACAUGCAAGCAAAUACACAAACACACACACAAACACACACACACGCACACACGCACACACGCACACACACGCACACACGCACACACGCACACAUGCACACAUACACACACACACACACACACACACACACACACACACACACACCAAACCAAACCAAACCAAACCAAACCAAACUCACACACAAACACACGAGGCAAGUCCUGGAGCUCAAACAAUGCCUAUUUAUUUAGCAGAGAGGGUGUGUGAGAAUGAGAGUAUGUACAAUAUACAGCCCAAAAUAAAGGAAACACUAACAUAAA